GAGGGAAAAAUCUUUUAUAUAUUGGUAAGAAUAGAAGAGAAGUCUCGAUUCAAAUCUCCUCUCUACUCCGUUCGCCAUUUUGAUUCAUUUGCUGCCAUCUCCUUACAUUUUUUUGGGUUUCUUUUCUCCCAGAAUUUUUCUGGACGAUCGGUACUCUCAGCGUUCCAAUGCUGGCCUACUUGACGCUGGAUACGUCUACCAAGAAUGACGACGAAACCAACUGGCAAUUGUUCGUGAUUCUAUGCAGCAUUCCCUGUUUCGCCAGCACCAUUCUAGGUAUGGUGUUGGUUCCAGAGUCACCAAGAUGGUUGCUGGAGCAGUGCUCGGAUCGUCCUGAAGACGAAUCCGGAUCCGAGAAGGCGUUGAAAAUAUUGAAAGACGCGGCACGGAAGAACGGGAUUAGCCAAAACGUCAUAGAUGAAGGGUUGUUUCCACCAACAUCAAGAUUGGUCAUAUCCUGGGACGAUGUUGCCUCGAUUGAAAAGGUCCUGUCUCCUAUCCAGGCGGGCAACGGUGAUAACAAAAGUUAUCCAACAAGUGAGACUCCUGUGCAAAGCAGUGCUGGUGCUGGAGACAUCUCAACGCUAUUUAGCACGCCCAGCCAAACACGUCUCACUCUGUUGUUGUGGGCGACAUGGUUUGGAAAUGGAUUUUUAUAUUACGGGGUUAUAAUUGCAGUUUCGAUUGCUUUCACGAACGAGAGAAUAGAGGAACAAGAUGACUUUUAUGUAGUGAACGACGAUACCGGUGGAAACGGCAAUGAUGAUACGAAUUCGUCGAUGUCAACUUCCUACAGUUUUGAUUUCGCUGCCAUAUUCAUAACAGCUUCAUCUGAAAUCUUUGGUUUGGUGGCAGUGCUGUCUACUGUGGAUCGAUUUGGACGGAUUCCAUCACAAACAAUGUCGUAUAGAAUUGGUGGCAUCGCUACUUUUGUGAUGGGACUGUAUGGUGCCAUUGCCUUUGCUGCUAACGACAACCAAUACCAUCGAUCUUUGCUCAUUUCACUAGCAUUCGUCGCUCGAAUGGCAAUGAUGGGCGGGUCGUGUACGACGUGGGUUUCGACCAGUGAAAUACUGACAACGGAUAUUCGUACCACAGGGCACGGAACAGCAAAUGCCAUGGGGCGAUUGGGUGGAUUUACUUGUCCCUAUUUCAUAACUGAAGGCAACUCUUUGGCGUUGAUCGGAGUAUUCGUGUUAUUUAUAUCGGUUGUCACCGCCGAAUGUGCAAAGCGAUUGCCAGAAACGGCCGGCAAAGCCAUGGGCGACAUCAAAAUUGAGUCAACCAUUGAGAGCCCGGUGUCAAAAGACAAUGUUGAUUGCCAACAAAGAGCCGCGACGACAUACUAUCGCGAUUUAUCGUGAAAAGCUAUCGCAGAUCGGCCUCGGGAAGAUUCGAGAGUAGCGAAAAGGAUCAGAAAAGAGAUAAUAAUAGCAUUUGUCACUG